AUGACCAAGGUAGCAAAGGCAAAGGGUAAGGUGGUAAAGGCAAAGGGUAAUGUGACCAAGGCGACAAAGGAUAAGGUGCCCAGAGUGCUGUGGAAUUUCCAGACCAUGGCUGCCGAGCUAGCUGGACGUGGACUCCAGCUGCUGCUGUUUGUCGGGGCCUCGCUGCCGAUGACGAUUCUCUGUAACUGCGACCGCCGGGAACAGUUUCAGGCCUACUGGUAUUAUCUACGCGACCGCGGCACCCGUUGCAAGUUCUGCAACCCAAACUCCCCGGAGAACACGUAUGAUAGGAUCGCUCGGGACGUGGCCGCCGAGGGGUACAAGCUCCUGACACCGUUCGGCGAAUUCAAGGGGGCCAGCAAGAAGCUGAGCAUCCUGUGCCUGUGCGAGGAGAAGACUGUCGACAUUACGAUUGGACACUUCCGGACAGGCGGGGCGCGAUGUACGGCCUGCGCGGACAACAAGCGGAAGGCAACAGUGAAGAGGCUCUAUGGUGUGGACCAUGUACUGAAGAUCCCGGAGGUCAAGGCCAAGAGCGUCGCAACAUUGCGGAGGGUCUAUGGUGUCGACAAUUCGAUGCAGAACAAGGAGGUCAGGGCCAAGAGCGUCGCAACAGUGCGGAGGGUCUAUGGCGUUGACCAUGUAUCUCAGAACAAGGAGGUCAGGGCCAAGAGCGUCGCAACAAUGCGGAGGGUCCAUGGUGUCGACUAUGCAAUGCAGAACAAGGAGGUCAGGGCCAAGCACGUCGCAGCAGUGCGGAGGGUCUACGGCGUUGACAAUGUAUCGCAGAUCGAGGGGGUCAGGACCAAGGCCGCGGCAACAAUGGUUGAACGGUAUGGCUACGGGUACUCUGGCCAGGUUCCACACCUCCGAAGCCUGGCGAAGCGUUCGGGAUACCAAACGCGUUCGUACGACUGGAAAAAUGUGAUUGGCGACGAUGACGAACGCGCCAUUGUAUUCGAUUACCCAAAUCCGCGCACUGGUGCCAUGUCUAGGUAUUUUCCCGACUUUUAUGUACCCGAACACACGCUUAUUGUCGAGACGAAGUCAAUCUGGACACUUGACUGUUAUUACGACCAGAACAUGGCCAAGUUCCAGACCGUUGUGGACGAGGGGUUCACCCUCAUGGUCCACGUGUGGCCGUCUCGGACUGCUCCGGUAUUUGAAACAGUUAUUCCCGCGUACCACAAGGAUGUCAGCACCUUGACAUACUACACAGCAUGA